CGUCGCAGUCCUGUCUCGGGCGAACUCCCUGCGUAUGUAUGCGUGUCUCCAGCUAGGCCAGAGAGUGAUGGCGGCGCCCGUCCUGAGAGUGUCCACCCCUCGGUGGGAAAGAAUAGCUAGGCUUCUCGUUUGCCUAUUGGGCAUACUGCUCUCUAUAUAUGCCUUUCACGUCGAGACAGAAAAGGCUCGGGAUCCGAGUUAUAAGGCGAUGUGCGACGUCAGCAUCUCCAUCAGCUGUUCGAAAGUGUUCAGCUCAAGGUGGGGUCGAGGAUUUGGACUCCUCGGUUCAAUCUUUGGAAAUGACAGUGCACUGAACCAGCCCAACAGUGUCUACGGGAUCGCUUUUUAUGGCUUUCAGCUUCUACUAGGAAUGACUGUGAGUGCAAUGGCCGCCCUUAUUCUCAUGACGACAUCCAUCUUGUCGGUAGUGGGUUCGCUCUACCUGGGCUACAUCCUCUACUUUGUCCUGAAGGACUUCUGCAUCAUCUGCAUCACUACAUAUGCGCUGAACUUCAUUCUCUUUACUCUCAACUACAAGCGACUGGUUUACUUGAACGAAGCCUGGAAGCAGCAGCUGCAGGCCAAGGAGGACUAAAGCUGUGGAGAACGGCAAGACAAGUACGACAAACAAACAAAGAAAAAGUAAAAAAAGAAACGUGACCUCUGAACAUUUGACUUGCCACCAGGAGACCUUGCUUCCAAACGAUGUUUAUUCUGCUGUGUGUUAAAAAAAAAAAUGAAGAAAUUUAACUUAAAUGUUGGGCCUAACAUCUCAAUGUUGCAAACACGGAAGGAUUUCGAAGUGAAAGGUGUUUUUUUUUUUUUCUUCUUCAUUGUUUAACAUAUUAAAGGGGCUGGCUGUGUGUGUGCAAGUGUGUGUGUGUGUGUGUGUGUGUGUGUGUGUGUGCGAGUGUGAGAGAUAAUGAGUGUGAGAGAUAAUGUCAACCCGAGCAAGCAGAAGCAGGAGGCCAGAAAACAGAUCGAUGGAGGACGGCUCUCUUUUGAACAAAAAGGACCACAGGAUGGAGGAAAAAGUGACAUUAAAGGGGUUUACUUGAAACGGUUAGAAAGGUCCUGUUACUGCACAGUGGAUCUGCACUAAAACUCGGAACCGAGUAAAGGGUCCCAAAAUUAGAAAAACAUUCAUUAGGUCAUCGUACAGUUUGCAGAUAAGGUUCAAUGGCAUGGUGGUGGGGGUAAAAAAACGAUUAACAUUUAUACAGACUAGUUUCUUUUCAUGUUUACACUUUGUGGUAUGUUUCUUUUAUGAAGAGGACCACUAAAAAUAAAACACGGGACAAUGUGAGAUAUUGUGUGUUAGACCAGUCAGAUAGUUUUUUUUUGUUGCAAUUCUGUAAAUAGCUGCUGAGCAAUGUUCCAGGCUAGAUUGUGAUUUAGUGUUGACACAAACUUUUUUUUUUUUAAUGGAAAACCUACCAACAAAACAGGGGAAAACAUGAGUAAAUCUGGAACAAAAAAGCGAUAAAGGUCACAGCAAGGUGGAUGUGUUCUCCUGGUCAGGCAUGCAGUUCAGAGUUAUGUGGAUUUCUUUGUUGUACGUGGUCAUUAUGUCAUCUGAAGCCACAAACACACGAAACUGAACUAUGGGUUCUUUUCACCAAGUUUGCAAAAAGGCACCCUCACCCCCUUUUUUUUGUUGGUUAAUGUUUGAUAAGCAUUCCUGACACCCACAGAAGUGGGAUCCAUAAAGACUUAUGUGCCUAAGAGUGUUAAGGUGAAUUACCGUUUUCUUUUUCGGUGUGGGUGGGGCGGGUUAAUGUCAUGUUAACACACGUUCUGCUCGUUGUUUUACUGUCACAGGUCCAAGGCUUUAUUUUUAUGAUCAGUUUUGUAAAUGAAGAUACCAGUGAAGUGUUUCUCCCUCCCUAUUAGAGUCUCACGAGGUAGCGAAGGCUGCUACACUGUGAUUGUCUCCUGAAGUGUAGAGCGGCCUGGUGGCGGAGGCGUCUCUUAUCUUUGCUGUUUUAAAAAGGCUCAUCUGGCUUUUUGUUCACUGUCCAGCCUGUAUACAUUUGAUGUCAAAUUGAACAGUAACGGUGAUUUUGCAAAGCUGAGUUACAGUUCAUUUGCAGGAUGGGAACAAAAACGUUGUCACGAUUUAUGUUGAAGCAGCAGAAGCGUGAAAAGGAGUACGAUUCUGAAAGAAUUCAACACAGUAUGUUAAGCCAUAUGUUGAGUUUGUGGGAUUUCUCUGCUCUUGUAGGAAUCCAGAGUUUUCAAAAGACACAGAAGUGGUUGAUCUAACAUAACAAGGCUUCUACAAAGACGGGUCACAGAAUGGGGAAAAGAGCAGCCACAGCUGGCAGUGGCUCUGAAAGAAAGAAAUCCACAGUUUCGUCAGUUCAGUUAAGUGACAGAAUAGGACAAUUGUCUCUGUAUCAUCUAAAACCCACUGAUCAAAAGUCUCCAGACGCAUGGUACACUAUCUCUGGGCUUUAAGCAAAUGUUGGCCAUCUGACAAUCUUACACACGCGCUGUCGAUAGAUCCAGAGCAGUUGUAAUAAUUGUGAUUAUGUGAUUCAUCUGUGGUGUUAAACCAGCUUGUUCACUCUUUCCAUCACUGCUACUUUCCAUACACCCUUCCCUUUAACAGAACUGUCCCCGACACUUUAUUUUUGGGUCGCUUAAGUAUUGAUGAUAGCAACUUACAGGAAGGUAGUGUCAGUGACGUGCUUCCUGUAAUACCAUGAGGUCAUAGCUUGUGGAAACGGAGGUGAUACUUCCCUCCCCCGCCAGGGUAUUGGCAAAGUUAAAUUGUUGUCUGUUCAUGCAUGUUGGAACGUGAUUACUACUUAUCAUAAAUAAGUUGUGUAAUGUUAUUUUAGGCCAUCUUCCAAAGCAUAGUAUCAUAUUUCUUCAGGCUGCAGAUAAAGGUUUCCUAUUUUAAUGGAUGCUUCAGGCACUUAAUCCUUCACAGUGAAGAUGAUGUAUACUGCUCACUAUGUCCAUGUUUGUCUGUUUCAUUAUAACUGAUACAUUUGAUGCAGUUUGGCAGCCUACUAGCUUAGUAACAUAAAGGAAUACUCCCACCAAUUUAGCAUACAUUCCAAUAACAUUUAUUUAAAAUCGAUGCAAUUUGUUUUAUUCCAUGUAUUCUUUUUCCUUUGCCCAAACCACCCACAAUACAACUCGACCACCAACUGUUUUAUCCGGAGAUUUUGGUUUGGUAUGGCCCAAUAUGACAUCCUCAAAUGUCUUCUAAAAUAUAGGAAUGGCUGCCAGAAAGAAACUCUAAUGGUUUGCUUUGAAAAAUGGUAGGCACUUGCGCUACGUGACAUGAUUGGUAUUAAACUGGCAAAAACAUGCAAGCACUAAAGUCCUCUUUAAAAGAAAAAAGUGUAGUCCUCCAUAAAAUGAUUUUAAAUGUUGGCCCGUGACUUAAGUCAUCUUUAAGAUCUCCCUACUACAGUAUUGUCUGGUCGGGCUAACAUCGGGUUCUGUUUCAUGUCAACUCAGAAUAAGAUUUUGGUCUUUAGUCUGGGAAAGCCUGUGCAUUCAUGUAGAACGACAAGUCUUGUAAGGAUCCUCUUGCACAAGUCAAACUGACAUUACAUGCUUGUUUCUGUGGCUACAACUAUGUGAGUGUCGACCGUAGAACAGGAGGCGGCCGACCAUUAGCUUCAUGAUUCUUGUCAUACGCAAGCCUAUUACACUAGUUGUGUGCAGUUACUUUAAAGAAAUGGGUCAGGAAUUUGGAUGAUGAGUCAAAAGUUUGAAAUCUUUGGCUGGUAACACAUGUUGUGUGAUGAUUUUAAGGUCAAAAAGAAAAAGGUCAAAAUGAUCGAUUAGUGCAUUUCAUGAAUAUUAGGGCCCUGAGGUAUAACUGCCAUGUUAGUUGCAUCACCAAUGCCAACAAAAGUGCCUUCCGUUUGAUCACUAGGCCUUGAGCCAAAGACGAGCAACAGUAAUAGCCUUGUAAAAUGAAGAAUGGUAACUGUAAAAAGCACGUAUGCUUGCCUUCCUUAAGAUUUAAUCUGAUCAAUUGGUAAUUUCCAAAGAUGUGAUUUAAAGUGCAAAAAACGAUUCCAAAUUUGGCAGACAAAAUGCCCCGUCAAAUCAAUGGUCAUUCCCCUUUUUCCUUCCUUAACUCCACUCUGUAAUUCUCAUCUUUAUUUUGUCUAGCUAGGACAUGUCUAUUUAAACUACAUGAUUGUAAUGUAUUUCAUCAUUAAUAAUGCCCUUUAGCUGUUUAGACUGUUAACAUUCUGGGUUACUUUAGUAAAAAAAAGUUGAGGGGGUUGGAGGGCUCGGAAUCCAUGUGUCAGCAUAAAAUGUUCAUUGAAUUUAUUUGUGGAGGAAAACUUAAUGGGUUUGCUUCUGUAUUGCCAAAUAUGUUUUAAAAUGCUGUAUUUUCUUACAUGGAAAAGUGUUACAUGAAUGGUAGGAGGGUGUGAAAAAAAUAAUCUGUUUAAAUCCAUUUUACCUUAAGGGAAAACUGUGGAAAAGGUUGACAUGCGAACAUUUUUAAUUGUCAUUGUCAUGUGGAAAUGAUCUACCAUUAAAACAUUCCCUCUGAAACUA